GAGAAAAAUGCUGGCAAAGUCAUCGAAAAAGAAUCAAAUUGCUAAUUAUAAGAUACAAAUUUGUAAGAUUACUUGGCUUAACUGAUUCAGUUUUUUAUCACGUUUAUUAAAUUCAGAAUCUUUGAGUUGUUCUCCCUCGGGAACAAGAAGACUUUGCAAAACACGCCCACCAAGUCUCUGAGCUCUGUGUUAAAACCCAAAAUUGGAAGCUUCAGAGCACAAAUGGUUGCUGAUCAGCAAGAACAAGAAGUCAACAUGAUCCCUGAAGUCAUAUUAAACUCCUCUUCUGGAAAACCGCGAAUGCCGGUGAUCGGCAUGGGCAUGGCAGCUGAACCUUUGGAUGAAGCUGCCAUGAAAUGGGCUGCUCUGGAGGCCAUCAAGCUUGGUUACAGAGUGUUCGACACGGCCACCCUUUACAAAUCAGAGAGGCCUCUAGGAGAAGCCAUAGCAGAAGCUGUAAAACUCGGCCUUGUCGCCUCUCGCCAAGAAAUCUUCGUCAUUUCAAAGCUCUGGAUCACCAACGCUCAUCCUCACCUUGUCAUCCCUUCUCUGCAAAAUUCUCUCAGGAUCCUUCAAAUGGAGUACCUUGACCUGUAUCUCAUCCACUGGCCUAUCAGUGCCAAGCCUGGAAAAGUUGAAUUCCCAAUUCCUGAAGAUGAAUUGCAACCGAUGGACUUCAAGUCUGUUUGGGCAGCCAUGGAAGAGUGUCAGAGACUUGGUCUCACCAAAGCCAUUGGAGUCUGCAACUUCUCCUGCAAGAAGCUUGAGAACAUACUCUCUUUUGCCACUAUCCCUCCUUCAAUCAAUCAAGUGGAGGUAAACCCUUUCUGGCAACAGAAGAAACUCAGAGAUUUCUGCAAGGCAAAUAAUGUCACUGUAAUGGCAUACUCACCUUUGGGAGCAAAAGGAACUCGUUGGGGCACCAAUCAAGUUAUGGACAAUGAGACAUUAAAGGAGAUUGCUAAAGCUCAUGGCAAGACUGUUGCCCAGGUUUGUCUGAGAUGGGCCUUUGAGCAAGGGGUGGCUUUUGUUGUUAAGAGCUUCAACAAAGAGAGGAUGAAGCAGAAUCUGCAGGUUUUGGAUUGGGAAUUAACACCGGAUGAUUACAUUAAGAUCAACAAAAUUCCUCAGCGAAGAUUACUACCUAAAUUGAAACUGAUAUCGCCUAAUGGACCCUUCAAGUCCUUGGAUGAUUUAUGGGAUGGGGAGAUUUAAUCAUGUAUAAAUUUGUUUAUCAGGCAUCAAGUAGAAGAGCAAGAGUAUGAAUUGCGUUGUUCAUGCCUGAAAUGAAUCUAAAUUAUUAUGCCAAUUUGCAUAUUCAUUUGGGUACUAUUCUCUCCCUACAAAAAGAUUCAAACAAAUCUUGUGAAUGAACUCAUUUUUUGAGUA